UUUACUCUGUCUACGUUACCGACACUGUUGGUGUCUAUGACGGUGUGCAAAAUAAAGUUUCAUUUCGUUGUUCAAUUUAUUCUGAACCCUGUGCUCUAGAUAAUACGACCUAGUAUUUACAAUAGGUACUCAAUACUCAUUUGUCAGUUGGUAAUCUGUGGUCAGUUUAUCGAAAUCAUUGCCACUCGCAGCCACUUGAUUCCCUCACUUUGUGAUUUUCCUAGUGUUUUCCUAUCAGAUUGGAAUCCAGAUGUUUACGAAGAUGAAUCGAAUAAAUUUACUGGGAAGAAAUAAUUUCGCAGUUAUACGAUUUAUGGCCACGCCUUCAGGACCCAAGCCUGUCGAUGGAGGAAGUGUUUCUCCAAGAUACAAACCAACAGAAUUUCAAAAAACUCUUCUUGUAUGGACUAAAAAGUAUAAAAGCAAGGAGGAAAUCCCAUCAUUGGUGUCAUCAGAAACAAUUGAUAGAGCUCGAACUGAAGCUAGGAUUAAAUUUUCAAACUUUUUGAUAGUACUGACUGCACUUGGAAGUUUUAGUGCAAUAUUAUUAGGAAAAGCAGCAGCUAAGAGAGGGGAAUCUGUACACAAAAUGAACCUGGACUGGCACAAACAGUAUGAAGAAGAUUAUAAGAAGAAACAAGAGGGUGAACCUAAAGCUGCUUAAACACCAAGACAUGCCAUAAUAAUGCUUUGUAAAUAAUUUUGACCGAAGUUUCAUACAUUUAUGAAUAUUCAAAUACUAUUUUUGUAGUUGCCCUUGAGAUAUUAUUUUUUGAAAAUACCAAUUUCGUCUAAAGAAAUAUUACAGAUGUGCCUACUAAA